CUUUUUUACAAGGGAUACACAAGACACAACCUAUGAAGAAAUAUACAUAUAUAUCUUUUAAUUCUUUGUACACAACACGACAAAAAACUUAUCAUAAUUUCAUAAAUUAUAAUAUUUAAUCAGAAAAUCACAAAUCAAAUCAGUUCAGUAGCUUGUCUAGUUUGUCCGAUUUAGUUUUGGUUCAUGUCAUAGUCGUUAAAAAAUUCAUUUCUUCUUGAUACCGUUCGUGCCAAAAGGAAAGAAAAAAAAAACCGAAGAUAGGAAUUUUUUUUUGAAAAAAAAAGACAAAUUUAUACACUUUACACUCAAAAUGACCCGGAAUUUCGAUCAUUUGUUCAAGCUGUUAAUUAUAGGCGACAGUGGGGUUGGAAAGUCAUCGUUACUAAUUCGAUUUUCGGAUGAUACAUUUUGUGGAAGCUAUAUAACAACAAUUGGAGUGGAUUUUAAAAUUCGCACAGUUGUGAUCGACGGACAGCGAGUUAAGCUUCAAAUCUGGGACACUGCUGGACAGGAAAGGUUUCGCACAAUAACAAGCACAUAUUACAGAGGGACACAUGGUGUCAUCAUCGUUUACGAUGUUAUGAAUGGUGAAUCGUUUGCCAAUGUCAGACGAUGGCUGGAUGAAAUCAAUAAUUACUGUGACGUAGUUAAUAAAGUUUUAGUUGGGAAUAAAGACGACGAUCCAGAUCAUAAAGUUGUCAUAACCGAGGAUGCUCAGCGCUUUGCUAGACAAAUGGACAUUGAACUGUUCGAAACAUCAGCAAAGGAUAACAAAAACGUGGAGGAGAUGUUCUUAUCGAUCACCAGACAGGUUCUUAAUCAUAAAUUCAAACAGACUCCACCAUCCAACGAGACGAUAAGUGUAAGGAAGCCAACUAAUAAUAAGAGAAGUCGAAGCAAAUGCUGCUAGCUUUUGAUGGACUUGCUAAAUGGAAAAAAAAUUGUAUUAAUUUUUUUUAUGUUACUUUUGCUCAAAAUUUUUGUUGUUUUUUGUUAGUUCUCAUCAUCAAAAUAAUUACAAUUCACUCACAAUAUUUGUAACCCUAUAUAUGUCGUCGAAGUGAUACCAAUAACAGUAAUUUUUUCUCAGAACAUUAAAAGUAAGAUAAAAAAAAAAUAAAAUAUCUUUUUAAACUAUACAACACACACACAUAAACAAACAAAACAAAAAAAAUGCGAACAAAACAAAAAGCAUUACCAUUUAAAAAUAAUUAAUAAAUUAUUAUC